UCGCUAGCUGCAUUGAUAUCGAUCAAAAUUGCUGUAAUUUGUUGCAAAUUUGAAUGAGUGAAAAGAAGUUCGUUACGGCCGUAGAAACUGCAAGCCGGUUUAAUUUAUAUGAGUACAGUACAUAAGCGUCAAAGUUUAUGCAAUACUUAUUUGUUACUUGUGAGUACAUACUUCUUCUGGAUCGGAAAUGAGUGGCCUACGAAAAGCUAAACCUUCCGCAUAUUUCUCCAAAAUUGUUGCACUAGCAGUCAUACCCUUCUGUUUUGUUGAUGGAAAGGCGGUAGAGUUUCAUAAUCAGUGUUCGCAGACCAUUUGGGUGGGAGCGCAAGGGAACCCGUUGCCCUUUCAAGGCGGUUUUCAACUAUUAUCCGGUGAGACGGUCAGCCAGGAUGUUACCGGUACGACUACGGGUGGGCGGUUCUGGGCGAGAACCGGAUGCCGGAAUACCACGGACGGAAAAUUCGUCUGCGACACCGGUGACUGUGGUGCUCCGGCCAACAACUUCGGCAUACACUGCGGAGGCAUUGGUGGACAACCGCCGGCUACGCUAAUUCAGUUUAAUUUUCACGAAGAAAACGUGAAAAUGUUCGACAUGUAUGACUUGAGCAAUGUGGAUGGUUUCAAUGUCGGCAUCAAGAUGGAAGCGCUCGGGAGGGAUGCAGUGGGUUUUGAGUGUGGAGCGCCGUCGUGUGCGAUGAAUAUCAGCUUGUGUCCGCCGGAGCUGAGGAUUGUUAAAGGAUCAUCUGUCAUGUGCGCUUCCAUCUGCACGGCCAUACAUAAUGCGGAACACCGGGAAAAAUUUCCUAAACUAAAGAAGAUCUAUGCUGAUAAAAAUACCGGAGCGCUUGUUUGUUGCGCGUGUUUAUGUCCGUCAAAUACCGCAGCGGAGUGCAACUGCAAUAAUCCAGUUAGUAAGCACUGCUGCUCACCAAGCAGUCGAAUGGCGCCGGCCGAGCAAGGCACAAAGUGCGAGGUCGCGAAAUGGCCCCGUGCCAGUAACGGGCAGGAAUAUCCACGGGUAUUUAGAGACCAGUGUCCACAGGCUUACAGCUGGCCGUUUGAUGAGCCCAGUGCGUACCAUUGUAAACGAGCAGAGUACCGUGUUACAUUUUGCCCUCAAUGAUCUGAUUUAAUUAAGAGAUUGCUACAAAAAUGUACAUCUACCAUGAAGAUGGACGUACAAUGUUUGUUUAGAUUUGAGCGGAUUUGAUUAAAACGACG